AUGCGUUUGGCUUCUAUUGCGCUGCCUCUGGCAGGCCUUGCUGCUACUGCCGUCGCUACUGCCGUGGCUACUACUUCUAGCAAGCGUGUCAGCAAGGGUUGCAAUGCGCUGAAGGGGCCCGUUGGAGACUCGCUGUUCUUCAUCGAUAGUCUGGUCUAUCAGUAUGAGACGAACAACUUCUGGUCGAACACUGAGCUUAUGUCUCCAGGCUGCGUGUUCCGCCCGCAGUCCAGUAGUCAAUUGGCUAAGGGUUUGGUUGCCCUCGUCGAUGCUGAAGCCAAAUUUGCCGUUCGCGGUGGCGGCCACAUGGGUAUCCGCGGCUCUAACAAUAUCGACAACGGUGUUUUGAUCGUCAUGUCCAACCUGACCACCAUGGAACUUAACCAAGAUAAGUCCGUGCUGUCGCUUGGUCCCGCUUACCGAUGGGGUGAGGUCUACACAUGGCUCUCCCAAUACGACCUCACCGUUGCGGGUGGUCGUCUCGGCCCUGUUGGUGUGCCUGGUCUGCUUCUUGCCGGCGGUGUCAACUUCUACGGCAACCAGGUCGGCUUCGGUUGCAACACUGUCAUCAACUAUGAGGUUGUUUUAGCCAAUGGCACUGUUGUGCACGCAAACAAGUCUUCCAACUCAGAUCUGUUCUGGGCUCUGAAGGGAGGUAGCAGCAACUUUGGCAUUGUGACCCGCUUCGACAUUGAGACCAUCAAGUCGCCCAUGGUCUGGGCCGGUGCCCACACCGUGGAGGCCCAAUACGUGGACCAGUUCCUUGCUGCUAUUGCCCAAUAUGCCUCCAACAUUUCGGACCCCAAGACUCACAUUGUGCCUGCUCUGGUACCCGGAGACUCGACUUUGGCUUCCGCGAUUCUGUUCUACGAUAGCGACACCGUUGGCUACCCCGAGAUUCUCAAGCCUUUCACCGAUAUCCCCUCGAUCAGCAGCACUGUCGGCUUCAAGACCGUGGCCGAGUUUGCAACUGAAUUGGGUGCCAUGGUUGUCCCCGAUAUCAAUGAUGUUUUCGUUGCUGGAACCGUCAAGGGAACAACCUACGAAGAGCUCCACAAGGGUAUCAGCAUCAUCAACACUACUUUCUUCAACGAGCUCCCCAAGUUGUACAGACAAAUCCCCACCGCCAACAUCUCCACCAUCCAGUUGGACUGGCAGCCCAUCGGCGCCGAAUGGAUUAAGGCCUCUAACGCUCGCGGUGGUAACGCUCUGGGCCUGGACCCUACUCAGGUCUACCUUUGCUACGCAGAGGUUGUGGAGUGGAUUGGCUCGGCUUAUGACGGUAUCGUCGCUAAGUGGGUCGAGGAUACUACCUAUGCCAUUAACAAUGCUACUCAGAAGGCUGGUCUCUAUGAUGCUUUCAACUACAUGGGUGAUGCCGCUGGCUUCCAGUCCAUCUUCCCGGGCUACGGCGCCACGAAUCACCAGCGUCUUAUUAACAUCGCGAAGAAGUACGAUCCUGAGCGUGUUUUCCAGACCUUGAUGCCUGGUGGAUUCAAGGUUUACUAA